AGACACACAACAUGGCGGACUAGAGCGGUCGGCUGACGCGCCCGGAUACAGCGGAUAAACUGUGGAAUUUACCAUCCAGAAAGGCCGGGAAGGCACCACUGGAACCCGCGGCACAGCCACCCGAGCGAAGGAUUACUCGGUGGAGGCUCCAUAGCUUCUUGGAAUCGGCGGCUAAAGUGACAGCCAAGUGUUGGCAGUGUGUCCCGAAUCGAGCUUCCCUCCUCGGCUAUCACCCACCCCGCUCACGCUCUCGGCUCCAGGGGUGUGGAGAGUGGGGCUAGGGGCUGAAAAACGUGGACGCGAGACAACUGAACCCCGGCUGGUGGACCUUUCUUCCUGCUGGGUCCCCCCCAUCUACGCUCCAGGAGCCUCGAUCUGCGGUGUGCGAAUGAGUGACUGAUGUCAACAUCCCUCCUUCAGGGCAGAAUGGGUGUGUGUCCCCUGGUCCUGCUGCUCACGCUCGCCCUUGGGGCCUCAGCCCAGGAUGACAAACCCGUUACAAAUCCACCAAACCUUGCACCCAAACCUACAGACCCACCGGCGGCACCCUCAGUCACCAUUACGGCGGUACCCACAAAUGCUCCCGCGGCGCCCCCCAUGACUCCCCAACCCACUGUUGGCCUGUUGACGACUCUUAAAACCAAAGCAGGGGCGACUCUCGACCCAGCCAGUGGUGACAGCGGUGAACCGGCUGGACCCAACGGCACCGUCAGGCUGCUGCCUGGCCCUGAACCACCGCCUUCAUCUGGUGCCCCGCCAGUGCAACCAAGCCAGGAGAGUCCAUCCGCUUCUCCUGUACCAGGACAUGAGAACAUGACCAACUUCAUAGCUCCGGACACCACAACACCAUUUUCACACUUGGACUACUACGAUGAGAGCGAGACCACCACAGAACCUGCCGACGACGACAACACCAGCCCAAAUGAUGACGACCAUUCAGAUGACAUGCCUGUCAUCGCCGUGAUGGUGGCGCUGUCCUCGCUGCUGGUCAUCAUCUUCAUCGUCAUCGUGCUCUACAUGCUCAGGUUUAAAAGGUACAAGCAGGCAGGAAGCCACUCCAACUCCUUCAGACUGACCAACGGACGAUCCGACGACACAGAACUCCAAAGUGUGCCGCUCUUGGCCCGCUCACCCAGCACCAACAGGAAGUACCCGCCGCUUCCUGUCGAUAAACUGGAGGAAGAAAUGAACCGCCGCAUGGCUGAUGACAACAAGCUGUUCCGGGAAGAGUUCAACGCUCUCCCGGUGUGUCCCAUCCAGGCGUCAUGUGACGCUGCAGCCAAAGAGGAGAAUAAAGAGAAGAACAGAUACGUCAACAUCCUGCCAUAUGAUCAUUCGAGGGUUCACCUCUCGUCCCUGGAGGGAGUCCCGGACUCGGACUUCAUCAAUGCCUCCUUCAUAAACGGGUACCAGGAGAAAAACAAGUUCAUCGCGGCUCAAGGCCCGAAGGAGGAAACUGUGAACGACUACUGGAGGAUGAUCUGGGAGCAGAACACGGCCACGAUCGUCAUGGUGACCAACCUGAAGGAGAGGAAAGAGUGUAAGUGUGCUCAGUACUGGCCGGACCAGGGCUGCUGGACUUAUGGGAACAUCCGUGUAUCAGUGGAGGACACCAUGGUGCUCGUGGACUACACCAUCCGCAAGUUCUGCAUCCAGCAGGUUGGAGAUGUCUCGGGGAAAAAGCCUCAAAGACUCGUCACCCAGUUUCACUUCACCAGUUGGCCAGAUUUCGGGGUUCCCUUCACGCCGAUCGGGAUGCUGAAGUUCCUCAAGAAAGUGAAGACGUGCAACCCUCCGUACGCAGGACCCAUCGUCGUCCACUGCAGCGCCGGAGUGGGUCGGACCGGUACCUUUAUAGUCAUCGACGCCAUGUUGGACAUGAUGAUCGCGGAGAGGAAGGUGGAUGUGUUCGGCUUCGUCACCAGGAUCCGAGCGCAGCGCUGUCAGAUGGUGCAGACAGAUAUGCAGUACGUGUUCAUCUUCCAGGCGUUGUUGGAGCAUUACCUGUAUGGAGACACAGAGCUGGAAGUGACCUCGCUGGAGUCCCACCUAGCCAAACUCUACACACCCUCACCAGGAGCAGGCAGCGGUCUGGAGGCUGAGUUCAAGAAACUGACGUCCAUCAAAAUCCAAAAUGACAAGAUGAGAACAGGCAACCUGCCAGCGAACAUGAAGAAGAACCGAGUCCUGCAGAUCAUUCCAUACGAGUUCAACAGAGUCAUCAUCCCGGUCAAGCGAGGCGAGGAGAACACGGACUACGUCAACGCCUCCUUCAUUGACGGCUACCGUCAGAAGGACUCCUACAUGGCAAGCCAGGGGCCGCUGCAGCACACCAUCGAGGACUUCUGGAGGAUGAUCUGGGAGUGGAGGAGCUGCUCUAUCGUCAUGCUGACGGAGCUGGAGGAGAGAGGCCAGGAGAAGUGUGCCCAGUACUGGCCCAGCGAUGGAGUGGUGGUCUACGGGGACAUCUCCAUCGAGAUCAAAAGGGAGGAGGAGAGUGAAAGCUACACAGUCCGUGACCUCCUGGUCACCAACGUCAGGGAAAACAAGCCCCGAGCCGUACGUCAGUUCCACUUCCACGGCUGGCCGGAGGUGGGCAUCCCCACAGACGGGAAGGGCAUGAUCAACAUCAUCGCCGCGGUGCAGAAACAGCAGCAGCAGUCGGGGAACCAUCCCAUCACUGUGCACUGCAGUGCUGGCGCGGGCCGGACGGGGACCUUCUGUGCGCUGAGCACGGUCCUGGAGAGAGUGAAGGCAGAGGGGAUCUUGGACGUGUUCCAGACGGUCAAGAGCCUCCGACUGCAGAGACCCCACAUGGUGCAGACACUGGAGCAGUACGAGUUCUGCUACAAGGUGGUCCAGGAAUACAUCGAUGCCUUCUCCGACUACGCCAAUUUCAAGUAGAGAACUGUCCGGCUCGCUCGCACGAACGCACUCGUAAGACUGGUCUCCUGCAGAGUUUGGUGAGAGAAGCGGUCUGAAGGGAAAAGGGAAGCGACCGGCGGACUUGCUUUGGAGCGCACAACUGAGAUGCCUUCUGACUAUUUUGUGAUACUCUGCCAUCCACUCCUUCGCUGCGUGUAAAUAGAUAUAAAUACUGAUUGUGUUGCAUCUUAUGACUUUGGUUUUACUCAAAGUUUUGAGUUUUGGCUGCAUUUUCAGGUGGCUCCUGUAUUCUAUUGCUCUAUACCUAUAACUAUAUAAGGAGUUUGUGCGUGAGCACCACGGAGACGACUCGGGUGGUGACCUCCAUGACUCGGCCUUUAGUUCACCGGAGUGACUGAAUCGUUGGCGUCCAGUGCCAUAUUCCUCCUGGGUGGCACCGCUGUGAUCCAGCGCAACACUUUCCUCCUGUCAAAGUUUUUAUACUGUUACCGCCGCCACCAACACCGAGAAUGUUUGGUUUUAACAAGACGGAAGCGUGCAGCGUUUGCUUUUCUCCUGUCAUCCAGAUGGGGUCACGCGGGGCCGAGCCCCAUGAUUGUAAUGAAAGAUGAAUGAUGUCAUUAAACAAGGGGCGCCGGGUCGUUUUCCGCACAGGAAAUGAGUGACGCGGCUGGAAGGUUCUUAAACACUCGAAAACAGAAGACAUUCCUUUGUUCCGGUGCGCCCUCGGCUUGAGUUGCCUCAAACCAGAGCGGGAAAAGGUGCACGCGCCCUCCUGAGCUCGCUGCGCUGUUGCACCUAAAGACAAGCCCUUAAAUCGAACAAAACCAAACUGCAGACAGUGGCACCAGAAUGACUGUAGAACGUGUGAGACACGACCAACAGCCGGCGUCACUGAGCGGACUGAAGUGCCUCGUGGGAUUUGAACUGAACUGUAGUCAAACUGCAAAUAUCAGGUGUAGCUGGCUUCACAUUCCCGUCAGAUGAACUCUCAAUCCUGUGGCGUCCAUCACCCAAAGCGACGGAGCCCCAAUCGUUCGCAGUGUUACUCGCUCUACUCUGUCCUCUUGACCGGCCGCGCUCCUUUUGUACAUACUGUCAGGUUAUUUAUAUUUCAUUCCUGUCGGCUCCACUCUUCCCUCAGACGUGUAUGAAAACUGUAUCGGGACCAUUUCAACUCUUCUUUUGCUACUUUUCAUUUGUCUUAAAAAUAAUCCUAUUUUUUAAGUUGCCUGUUUGUUUUUAGUGUUUUGUUAUUCAACAUUUGAAUAUAUGUAUAUAUAAUUAUAUAUAUGAUCAAAUUAUAUAUAAUUAUAUAAUGCCAGACGGCCUUUUUAAGCAAGUUGGAAACUAAUAAA